AUGUCUAAGAAAAAAAAGUCUAGAAAGAGGAGAAAUGGGAACUAUGCAGCAUCGACACCUCCAAAGCCGACAUCAGCUCCACCUCAUACAACACUUCAGCGAUCAGUUCGAGCAGCUGGGCCCUCGAGGGUCAUACCUAGGUUCUACUUCCCCAAAGGGCGGCCGCCGCCCGCCCAUCAACAAGACCACGCGCUACAUAAAGUACAAUCCGCCUUCGCUACAUUUCCAAAUAGUCAGGUUCCUCGAGAGAGUUUCAAGCACAUAGUCAAAGCGUGCGAGUGUCCUCUAUACUGGAAGAUGCCUCUGUUCCUAGCCACACAACAAAAUCUUCACGCUGCAGUCGACGGACACAAAUUCAUUGAUUUCUGGAGAGAAAUGAGUAUAACAUGCCACGACCAAGCCUCUAGAUUCGUGUACAUUUUAACACGAGGCAAGAGCAACACCCUAGCACCAGAAGACUUCGUUCCAUUAGUUCAAGAUGUUGUAGACACGCACCCGGGUCUCUCGUUCUUGAAGGAGGCUACCGAGUUCCACUCUAGAUACGUUCAUACUGUGAUUGCUAGAAUAUUCUACUGCGUGAACCGGUCGUGGUCCGGGCGGAUAUCGAUCCCGGAACUGCGAAGAUCCAACUUCCUCCACGUGAUCCAACUUUUGGAAGACGAGGAGGAUAUCAAUCAAAUCACUCAGUAUUUUAGCUAUGAGCACUUUUACGUCAUCUAUUGCAAGUUCUGGGAGUUGGACAAGGAUCACGAUCUCUUCAUCGAUAGACACGACCUCGCGAGGCACAACGAUCACGCCCUCUCAAGCCGUAUGAUAGAGCGAGUGUUAUCUGGAUGCGUCACGCGCGGAAACCAGAACCGGCUGACACCCCACGGUGAACCCAGGAUGUCGUACACCGAGUUUGUAUGGUUCCUUCUCGCUGAAGAGGAUAAGAGCCACCCCACGGCUAUAGAAUAUUGGUUCAGGUGCAUGGAUUUAGAUGGAGAUGGCUACAUAUCUAUGUACGAGCUGGAAUAUUUUUACGAGGAGCAAAUGCAGAGGAUGGAGGCAAUCGGAAUUGAAACUCUGCCAUUCAACGACUGCUUAUGUCAGAUGUUAGACAUGGUACACCCGGCUGAGAAAGGCAAGAUUACGCUCACCGACCUAAAGAAAUGCAAACUAACACCCAUAUUCUUCGACACAUUCUUUAACUUAGAGAAAUAUCUGGACCACGAACAACGGGAUCCAUUCGCCACCCAAAGAGAUUCAGAUUCAGAGAUGUCUGAAUGGGAUCGCUUCGCCGCUGAAGAAUAUGAACUGCUGGUAGCUGAAGAAGGGGGCAGUGAUGCACAGGAUCAAAUCUCAUACGAUGAAACAGACGACGACUGUUUAUCACCGAACGUUGAGGAUGCAAACACAGAGGUGGUAGAAGAUUCCAGUGUCGAAGAAUCUACUCUCAGCGACAGCAUUUCAAACGCCCGAAAGGAGACACCACUACUGCGCCAAGCACCAAACCCAACCGGCUACGUCAACCUUAGCUCCAUAUACGCCCUCGGCAGCACAGACCGAUGGGCGAACAAAACGAACGUCCAAGAACGGAAAAUGGAGAAACCGAUCCCACCAGAGAAACCAGUCAGCCUCAUGAUGAUGAACGGAAAGAUGGAGAACAGGUCCAACUUUGGCAACAACAGUUUCCUUUACUCGCAACUGCUGAACCCUGGGGCGAGGAAAGACCCACCAUCGUACACUGCAGCCACUAGCGGUAUGGACAAGAGCGAAGUGAAGAAAGUAUCCCCAAGUCGAACUAAAUCCCCCACGAGCCCCUUGAACGGGGUCAGCAAGAUCUCCGACAACUACGAACGAGCCGUCGCUGAAAGACUGAGUCCCCAACGAGAUAUCUCUAGACUGAACCGCAGCAGUGUCUUCAGUAAGGUCAACACUGGUAUAGUCUCUGGUAAGGUUAAGAAGACCAGAACCGCGGAUGAAGAGGACGAGGACUACGCGCGCGACAGUGACGAAUGUUCCAUAUAG